AUGACAUGUAAGGAGAAGUUGCCCGAGUUGGCAGCCACUCCUGCGAUUCACCCUACGCUUCAGAGCAACAUCGUCAAGGGAGCUUACCCAAGUCCUCCGAGUUCACCACCGCGAGCGGAGACCAAAAGCAUCAAUCAUGAAAAGGCAUCUCAGAAGGCAAGCGACCUCACUGACGGGUCUUGGACAGUACCCUGCCCAUCAUCGACGUCCCAAAAGGGACAGCUGGAAGAGAACAGCGAAGCCCCGAACGCGCGAAGCCUGAGUGAUAGGCUUGGUCUCGAAAACUGGCGGUGUGGAGGUCUUACUCUCAAUAAAACACCUUGUUUGAUCAAUAUCCCCAAGGCAAAUCGCAGUAAAAUCCAUCAAUUGGUCGAAUCCAUGAGCUCCCUUCCUGAAUCGUCCGACGGGCUAGAAGCCAAGCUCGAUGGACUGGCAAAGCUUGUACAUUGUCGAUAUCAUAAAGUUGGCAAAGCCAGAGAUCUUCGAAUAUCGCAAUGGAGGAUGGAGUUUCCCAGAGAGCUCAAUGGUACAAAAGCGACAGUUAUCACUGUUGAACAGCAAAUCAGAGAUAUGAUAGGCAGCGUUGCCAUUACGUGCAUCGCUGAAGUGGACCCUGGAAUGCCGUGCGAACAACGGAUUGGGGGUCAAAAGGUUCAAAAUUGCUGGAGGUCUAUUGAUGAAAUUGUGAAGCCAGAGGUUUAUUUCCACACCCACAACCUGAACGGCCUUCUAAAAGUACUCGAAACGAACAUGUACUGCAGCACGCAUGAGGCUGAAGCGUUAAAGUAUACAAUGCAGUGGAAGUCGAAAAUUGAUAAGAUCACGGGCUUUAUUGCGGAGGCGACCUCCACAGAGAAAGCGCCGCAAACGUUAGAUUUGGAUUUUAGCCGUGGACCUGCCGGGUUUUGGCCAAUAACCAAUGAUGACAGUGCGUUCGAGGUUAUUGACAGAUGCAACAAAUCCAUUCCGCCCGCCACUGAGAUUCCAAUAUAUAUUGGUAUUCAGAAGGUACUAAGCAACCAUUCCCCCGACGUACAAGAUGGAUUCGUGUACAUCUUUGAAGUAGCCGGAAAUAAAGGGCUAGUCAAAAUUGGGUAUACUGGUGCUUCAGUCGAAGAGCGGCUAUCAAGGUGGAGCUUCGAUUGUAAUAGACAAGCAGUGCUUCUAUACCCACUUGGCAAUGGUCUCAAAGUCCCCAAUCCCCGUCGCAUUGAGAGCCUAUGCCAUGCAGAAUUGAAGCACUGCAGGAUUAAGAUAUAUUGCCGCGUUUGUUCAAAGCAGCAUAUCGAGUGGUUCGAAACAUCUCCUCAAAAGGCUAUCGCGGUGGUUCAGAAGUGGUCCCACUGGAUGAGGAAACGACCAUACGAAGAAAGAGUAUUGAGGAAGGGCAGCAAAUGGUAUCUUAAAGAAAUUGAAGCGAAGAAAAUUCUUGCCAUACAAGAAUUUAUGGACACGGUAGCCGCUGACUCCGCACUGCAACUUGAGGAGUCAGGUGCGCUGGAAAAUGAAGACUCGAUACCGCCGAGCCGUGGGUACGAUUCAGCUUGUCAUACACGCCUUCGCCAAGUUGGCGGUCUCAAUGUAAAUGAAUCAAUAGAAGCUUAG